ACCGCGUUCUUCAUCUGUCUUGCUCGCACACAAGAUUUUGCAAAUUGUUUGCGGUAUGGUCUGCGAACAGUCUUCGACAUUGCUUUGAAAAACCAUCUACAAGUAUGGGAAGAGCACGGAAGGACUCAUUCAAUCAACCACCCGUUGAUACAUACCGCAAGAAAAUAGGGAAACACGAGAAUAAGAAGUCCAAGUCUGAUAUCAAGGAGUCAAAGAAACGUGUGCAAAGCAAGAAUGUGAAGUCCAAGACAUACAAGGAAAUUGCCACCAUCCUGGGCUUCCUGAUCGCUCUGCUAUUCGGAGGAUACACGCUGUCAUACGUUUUGCUCACUGGCAGCAUUCCGUCCCUUUGGGCCUCGGUGAUGAAAAAUUAAUGAGAAACUCGGACCCCCCCCCCCCCGUGCACCACAUGAUUGGGACGUCAAAAGCACCUUUAUUUUAUUAUCUUUACUUUUGAGCAUUACAAACUGUAGUGCGCUGCCUAUCUUUCUUUUUAGGGCAUUUAUAUGUACGUAUAUUGUUUUCAUCUUAAUUUAAUGUGAUGUACCUGAUUGUGCACGUGACUGUACAUAUCUUCUAAUGUACUAGGGCAAGUAUGUUUAGAGCACAAAUCGCUCAAAGCACAAAUGUUAUUGACAAAGUCUGAGUACCUGCCAUAUCUUAAUGUUGUUACAGAUAAGCAAUGUGCAUUUUGUAUUACUUUUAAAUAACUAGUAAUGUAAACUUGCUGUUUCAAUUGAUGCAGUGUGUUUGCCCCAGAGAAAAAACUUGGAUGAGGUUUCGCGUGAGAAGUUUGCUAAAUGCACUUACCCCACAUUUAUGUGCAAAGUGUUAUCUGUUCAUCGAUGUAUGCGACACUCGAAAUGGAAUAGCAAGAAGAAGCCUUCUAUUUUGCAUUCACUGGUAUCAGGUGUUCUGCAGUCUAGUUUGCAGUUCUUUUCUUUGCUACAAAAUGCAAGUUGGCUGGUAUAUAUUGCUAUAGAAGUGAAACUUCAAAGAAUCCAGUUGUGCUGGUUUGUAGCAUGUUGAGCUCUCUGAGUGCUCUUUUUGCUUCUACAAAAUCUAGUAAGCUUGAAUGAACUGUUACUUAGUGCCCUGGUGUCACAGUUACUUUCAAUGACAGGGUAAUCUUCUAUUCAAGCCUUUUCUAUUUUAUACGAGAUAGUUUUAUUGUGUUUCUGUUAAGACUAUAUUACUGUUUUUCGUUUUGUCUAUGAAGCCACUUAUUGAGGCCUAGAAGUCCUUUCAUAAUUAGUGUUUCUUCUCUCUGAAAGGAAACGACGUAAAAGUAGUACAAGCUUUUAGAAAUGUUCGUUGUUUGUCCUUUUAAAAAGCAGUAAGCUGCAUUUGUGACGUUUAAUUCGACUGUAUUUCGGGCUUUUACUCUCUUUCUCUGUCAUGUUGUACUGCAAAAUGACCUGUAGCUUUCUAGUUACAAAGUCAAGGACGUGCACACUUGUGUACAUUUCAAUGUCUUCAGACUUUCCUUUUUAUCACUCCUGUCACCUGAACGCAAGUCUGAUAGAUCUCUACAAUGGCUCCCCGGUGAAUUGAGUACAGUGUACCUUGCUUUCUGUGCUGAAAAGUGUGCCAAAAAAUGUGCCAAGACAUCGAAUGCUUCACUCUUAUGGCUUGGUAUCUGCAAAAGCCGAAUAUGAUGCGGAUGCACCGCAAUUUAAAAUUUGCAAAUGAAUAACACAUUCAUUGGUGAAGCACUGAAGACAUAAAAGUGCUGCACAAACUCUAAUGUACUUGUCUUCUUUCCCGUUAUGCUCGGCCACUUUUCGCAUUUCUGUCUUUCUCAGUUUUAAUGCAGGUCAACUUGAAUGAUGAUUGAAAGUGUGCAGCUGACAAUUGUGUAGAAGUCAAGUUGGAUUAUUCCGACGAAAGCCAAUUGUAUUGCGCUGCUUAUGCACUCAAAAUAACUCUUACAUGCUGCAAAGGGACCACUGAGAGUUUAUAACAAAGUGGCAUGACAAUGCAAGCGGCACCUCACAAACUGGACACUUUCUCACAUAUCACUGUAUUGCACCUUGUGGCAUUAACGCACAUCUUGUGGGACCCCAGGCAUUUUGCACCAGUACAUUUGCGGUUACAUUGUUAUAUAAGCUUCACCUUUAAUGCAAUACUCUUUGUUCCAGAUUUAUUUACCUGUGUGUUCAAACAACCUUGUCUGAAAUGUUUCAUGUACAUGCUAGCAAGUUGAGAAUGAUUUGUAAAAUGGCCACACUCAGCCUGCAAUCUUUUAGUGUACAUUUAUAUAAAUAAAAGGUUUUUUUUAAGUGUU